AUGUCAAAUGUAGUAAUAGAAGUCAUAGACUAUCAAAUUACAUCCAAGGCUGUAUGGAAUGCAGAGUUUACCUUGAAGUUGACUGCAUAUGGAUUUGUACAAUCUGUUCAUGAUCACUGCUUGUUCGUGAAACCAUCCUCCUCAGGUAUUAUGGCUCUAAUUGUCUAUGUGGAUGACAUUCUCAUCACGGGUCCUUCUAUUGAUGAUAUUGCUCGGGUUAAAUGCUAUCUUCAUGACUUAUUCACCAUUAAAGAUUUGGGGGAUGCAAGAUACUUCCUUGGGCUUGAGAUAGCUCGUAGCUCAUCUGGUCUUUACAUUGCUCAGACAAAAUAUACCUUGGAUAUCGUCAGGGACACUGGACUUCUUCAUGCCAAACCUGCGUCAAGUCCUUUUCCUCCUGGACUAAAGUUGGCUGCAGCAUCUGGUACUUUGUUUUCUAAUCCUGGCUCUUAUAGGAGACUUGUUGGACGGCUACUCUACUUGGGAUUUUCUCGACCGGACAUCUCCUACUCCGUCCAACAACUCAGUCAAUACCUCAAUCAACCUUGUGACUCACAUUGGAAGGCGGCGUUACAUGUGGUGCGCUAUCUUAAGGGAUGUCCCGCUAAAGGUCUCUAUUUUCCAGCUGCUAGCUCGUUUAAUCUUCGUGCUUUCUGUGAUGCUGAUUGGGCGUCGUGUUUGGAUUCUAGGCGGUCUCUUACCGGGUACUGCGUAUUCCUUGGGGAUGCAUUGGUGUCUUGGAAAACUAAGAAACAGUCGACUGUUUCUCGUUCUACUGCUGAGUCUGAAUACAGGAGCUUGGCCUCGACGGUGUGUGAACUUCGAUGGAUUUCUUAUAUACUAUCUGACUUCAAUGUUCCUUAUUCUCUGCCGGUUGAAUUAUUUUGUGACAAUAAGGCCGCGUUGCACAUCGUGGCGAACCCUGUCUUCCACGAACGUACUAAGCACAUAGAGUUGGAUUGCCACCUUGUACGCGACGCCUACAAGGAUGGCUUUAUUUCCCCCUCGUUUGUUCCUGGUGUUCUGCAGUUGGCAGAUGUUUUUACAAAAUCUCUACCUUUGAGAUCCUUCUUGUCGCUUAUUUCCAAGUUGGGCCUGGUUUCCUUCGAUCCCAGUCCCACUUGUGGGGGGGCUAUUGGAGUUAGUCAUCACCUUCACCAUCAAUCUAAGUUCCAGCAGCAGCAGCAGCUUCAACACCUUGAUGAGAAUGAAGCAGACGUUGAAGAACUCUUGGAUACAGGGUGA